UCGCUCAAUGAGUCGAUCACUUGAAGAACGACCUCAAAACUUUCCUGCUGAGAAGUGUAGAUUCAUUGAUGAAUCUGAUAUCUCUGAUGCAAAGGGGUUGAUGCGGGACACUAGAAACACAAUCUGCGUUUGCAUCAAUAGAAUAAGUCAGCAGCACCUCUCUAACGAAGUUACAAGAUCUGGAUUGCCGAAUAACUUUAUAAGUUUGAAAUGGCAAUUUUACCAAAGGAGGCUUGCGUGCACGGUUCUUGUCAGCCUUGGAAAAUGUUUGGCUAAAUCUGGAAAGGUUCAUCAAGCACAUGGGGUAAUUUUGCAUAGCAUCGCUGCUUUAUAUAACAGUACCGUAUCCAUCCUCAGCUCACCUUCUUCUCGCAGUCCAUUGCUGGAUUUUAUUGGGAAGGAAAUCAAAGGAGAUGUAUUUGGUCUUGAUCGUGCAAGAAUAUUAUACAACUUGUGCAAGUUGAGUCUUCAAACUUACCACUCCAGGUCUGUUUUAUGUGAUUUAUCACAUAUUCCAUAUCAGACGCUGGUUUCAUUGUUAACUUUGGCAUUUGUACUUAGCAGAGAGGAUCCGAUACUCUGUCGAAAGAUUUCAAGGUUGCUUGCUGUGUUAUACUUGGUCUCUUCUAUAGGGUCUGAGUUCUCAUUCCCCUGUGACGGAGAGCUUUCUUUAAGUCAUUGGGUUACAUAUUAUCAUCAAGCCUCUCUUGGUGCUAAUAUCAACUACCACUUCUUGUCAAAAUUUAUCAAAUCAGGACGCAACUCAAAUAAAGAGGCUUCUCAAGAAUUCGACUUUCUCAGGCUUGCUCCCAAAAGCACCGACGGUCUUGUUAAGUUUGCAAAAAACUUUUUCAAUGGUCUACCAGAAACGACAGCCAUCUGCAUUAGCGUGCUUGGAGGCACACUGAGUAAAUUGUUGCAAGAGUUAUUGAAAAGCCCCCAAGUUUGUGGGUGGCUGCUCUUGUCACGGUUGAGCUCAAAGAGUCAGCAGCCUUUAGCUGUACUUCUGCCAAUUUAUUCUUCACUUGGAGAAGGUGGGAUUGAAAAGAUGGAUAAAAGAUGGGAUUCUCCAUGGGGUUCCACAGUGGUGGAUGUUGUCGCUCCAGCAUUUCGAUUAAUAUUGAAGGAGUACAACUUUGCUGGUUCUCAGGUUCCUAUGGAAGAUGAAAAAUUGAGGUGGAAGGAGAUAGACGAACUUGAACUUCGUCUUAAUAAAUUGCUAAGAAACCUUGAAGACACCUGGUUGGGUCCCUGGAGGCAUCUGCUUUUGGGAGAGUCUUCAAAUAGUAAAUCGCAUGAGUCCACGCAAAAGAAGCUGGUUGAAGAGCUAAGGGCCAAAUGUAAUAUGGAAGUAAAUGAGACACUUCUAAAGGUUUUCCUUGGAAAUGAAACAGCCGACGGCGGCGACGCAUGGAUAUCUCAGCUUUGUUCAAAGAAUGGUUGCUACAUAGGAGGUCAUCCAAGUGACCAUAUUGAUGAAGAAAAUUGGAACCAGUAUAUCUGAUGACCUUCAAAGUAGGUACCGGCUAGCCUUACAACUGAUACGGGACUCAGGGAUCAAGCUAGAGGAUUAUAAUGAGAAGAGAGAACCGAUAAUACUUGUGUUGGAUCAUGAGAUUCAGAUGCUUCCAUGGGAGAACAUUCCAACAUUGAGAAGACAAGAAGUAUACCGUAUGCCUUCUGUGGGUAGUAUAUCAGCAGUGCUUAAGAAAAGCUGUUACCGAGAAGAUCCUUCUCCCUUCCUUGUGAUUGAUCCUCGAGAUUCUUGUUAUCUAUUAGAUCCUUGUUGUCUAUUAAAUCCGAAUAAUUGCAAAACAUUGCAAACCGUGCUUGAAGGAUUGUCCGAGAUUAAGGAAAUCAAGGUAGAAGCUGGAUUAGAGCCACGUGCUCCUUCUGCUCAGGAGCUAAAGGAUGCGUUGGGAAC